AAAACUCAAUUAACAUAAAUCAGGAGUGCUGAAAAAUAGCAUGAGUUUUUUUUCCAAGGACUGAUUGUAUGAUUGUAUGUGAUAAUUAUAGGUAACACUACACUGCCUCCUGAAAGUGCGCUACGGCGCUUAAUUCCGGAAUAAUUAUCAUCUUGAUAAGGCCCCUCUACUUUAUGAACAAGCAGCCGGAAGCUAAAUGGCGUGACAAUAAUUUUUUUGUCUCGCGUGUAUCCUUGAAGAUGCGAGACUUUUUAAUUAAUUGUAAAUAAUUUUCAGGCAGUGUGUCGUUGGCUUUUGAAGAGCGUGGAUCAAUAUUGUGGAGAGAAAAUGACUGGGCAAGUUUUGUAUUGCAUAGCAAUAAUCACUCACAUAAUUGUCAUUGCACAAGGCAAAGAAAAUCUUUUCAAUGACAUAAAAAUUCAAGUGCAAAACAGUGACCAAGAAAUUGUGAAAAUUUGCCCAGCUAGGGGACGAGCAAAUUUUCAAGAUCCAGAUUUCGGAGUAGAAGAAAAUUUGAGUUUUGACGGCUGUGGAAUCUGGUCUCCCGAGCAAAUGAAUAAAACAAGCACACCACCCUGGUUUAUUGUUGCAAAAUUGAACGACAGAGAUCUUUACUGCUUCGGCUAUUUGAUUUCUGAAAAAGCUGCUAUUUUAUUUGAAUGCAACGAAAUAAUUAUAUACUUUGAGAACAACGCGAAUUUAUCAAAAAUUCAGAUUUUCGGUGGUGAAUCCUGCCAAGAGAUUGAACAGCAAGAUUGCAACCGUUUUGGAUUGCAACUACUGAAUGACGCAAAGGCAAAGGGCGUUACACCUUUGAAAUCACAUUUGAACGAUAAAAGAUUUUGGUUGAUGACCAUGACUAAUCUAAGUUUAAAUGGCAAUAAUUUGCUUCCACUUUGCCUUUACAACGGCCACGUAAUUCCUGAUGACUUUUAUGUCCUGAACAUAUUUCGUCAAUAUGACUUUAGUAUCCGAAAUAUGACACUUCUGAAGCCAGAAGAUUGCUGCAUCAAUAAACUGAGUGUCGGAAUCGACGAGCUGAUUCAAUAUUGGGGUGAUCAUUUUGAAGAGCUAAUGUGCACGUCUGAUAAUCCGUGGGGACAUUUACUGAUAAAUAGGAAAAAUUACAAUGGCACAACUCGCCAUUUCUUGACAGGAAUAUGGAGAUUUAAAAUGUUGGACGGGGAAAAGCAUUUGGACACUUACGCAGACGCAAGAGGAUGGCUGGAGGAGGUUGUGAAUUUGACGCCUGACCUGUCCUUGUUUCCGAAAAUUCCACCUGCAAAACCAAGACUUUUUGAAUCAGGAUACGAGAGCUUCCCAGGGUGCGGAAAAGUUCAGAAGGAACUAAAUGUUGCCACUAGAAUGAAGAAGUACAGGUCUACAGAACUGCAGGCGAAGCCCAUCGGACUGGUAUUUGGGGGCGAGGGAAGCAGGAGAGGAGAACUUCCAUGGCACGCCAGUUUGACGCAGCACGGAAAACUGGGAAUCUUGCAUGACGCGUGUGGUGGAACCUUAAUUUCUAAAACAGCCAUAGUGACCGCGGCUCAUUGUUUGUACGAGGACGUGAAUGGCAAGAAGGUACCCCUAGAAGCAAAGCAGGUCGAGGUGAAUUUAGGAAAAUAUGACGCCGAAGAUACUAAAGAGCCAAGGCAGUCUUUCCUCGCUAAAGAUAUACUUGUCCACCCGGACUACAACCCACACAAUUUCUAUUAUGAAAACGACAUUGCACUGCUACUUUUUGACUCCAACGAGACAAAUUUUAAUGAAUUAGUGCAUCCAGCCUGUUUGUGGGACGAUGAUUAUAGUAUUGAAAACAUAACUGAUCAAUUAGGAGAGGUUGCUGGUUUUGGCCUGACUGAGGAGAGACAAAGAUCUCAUCAAUUGAAAAAGGUGGAAGUUGAAAUUCCGUCGCACCAAGCCUGCUUUUUGCAAAACAAGAAAUUCUUUGGGAAGAAUUUAAAGCCCACGAUGAAUUUUUGCGCCGGCAAACCACCUGUUGCAGCAAAUUGCGUUGGCGACAGUGGUGGCGGCUUAACCAUUUACAAGAAAGGCAAGCACUAUUUGCGUGGAAUCACCAGUUCCGCUCUUCCAAAAAAAAUCGAAGUGGCGUCUAUGGAAUUCACCGUAGUUUGCAACCCCGAUUUCUACUCUCUUUACACCGAUGUAACAAACUAUUUGGAAUGGAUUGUCGAUAAUGUACCAGACAUAGAGAAGAAAACUGCGACUAAUUUUUAGGCCCAAAAUCUUAUGUUAAAAAUUUUUCCCUAAAUGCUGGCCUUGUACCAGUAGCUAAAUUUUCGUUUAUUUGUAAAAAUUUCUACAGCAAUUAUUAUCUAAUUCAGCCAUUCAAAACCUAAUUUUAUAUUUAUAUUUUUUUCAUUCUCACUAGGAAAUUUAAAAAAAAAAUCCACAAGAAAUUUUGCAUUCCCUCUCCCACGACAACUCAUCAAUGAUUUGAAGGGAGUACAAAGCUUUCUAAAUAUUUAGCCAAAUAUUUUUUAUCAAUGUAUUUUUAAUCAAAAUAAAAUAUGGUGUAUGUUUGGG